UAGAUUCGUCAUCGUUGGUGUUUCGUUUCCAGUUUUGUAGCAAUUUCCAAACAAAGCAAGACACGUCAAAAAAAUGGGGAAAGAUGACUCUGAAACGGUAGCCUUGAAAAAGGAACUAGAAGACUUAAUCAACAAAUGCAAGGAGGAUCAAAAGAAACAACAGGACACGACUUUAGAAGAAGCGUGCAGCGGAGUGGCGGACGCCCCAAAGGUCAAAUUAUCUACAAAAAAGUUAUUAAAGGGACACAUCAACAAGGUGAACUCGGUGCACUUUAGUGGCGACAGUAGGCAUUGCGUGACAGGUUCUUUGGACGGGAAACUAAUCAUCUGGGACUCGUGGACCGGAAACAAGGUUCAGGUGAUCCCAUUACGCUCAGCAUGGGUGAUGUCUGUAGCUUUUGCACCGUCUGGAAACUUCGUCGCUUGCGGUGGCAUGGACAACAUGUGUACUGUCUACGAUGUGAAUAAUCGUGAUGCUACAGGCUCGGCCAAGAUCGUUAGAGAAUUGUUAGGAUAUGAAGGAUUCCUCUCGUCCUGCAGAUUUUUGGAAGAUAAGAGAAUCAUUACUGGAUCCGGUGACAUGAAAAUCUGUAUAUGGGACUUAGAAGCAAACAAAAAAACAACAGAUUUCUGUGCACACGCUGGUGACGUGGUUAGCAUUAGUUUAUCUCCGGAUAUGAACACAUACAUUACCGGAUCAGUAGACAGGACAUGUAAACUGUGGGACUUAAGAGAGGAAAAUGCGAAGCAAACUUUCUUUGGACACGAGGCUGACGUGAACUCCGUUUGUUACCAUCCUUCGGGGCAUGCUUUCGUAACAGCCUCAGAGGACAAGACAGCGAGGCUGUGGGACUUGAGAUCCGAUCAACAGUUAGCCACGUUUAAGCCGCCUAAUUCAAAUCCUGGAUAUACGUCAUGCGGCUUAUCUUUCAGCGGUCGAUUUAUUUUUUGUGGAUGUGACGACAAUUCUAUUCAUAUCUGGGAUACAUUGAAGAAUCAGCACAAUGGAGUUAUGUCGGGCCAUGAGAACCGAGUGACGUCGCUCAGUGUUGCUGGAAACGGGAUGGCAGUUGCUAGCUGCUCUUGGGACCAGAAUGUUCGAAUUUGGGUGUAGAAGCUUGGUAUAAUUGUAUCAGUAACGUUGCAAAGUCUUGAAGGAGAUGAAAUAAAAAAAAAAAUCCUAUUUUCUUCCUGUUGAUAUGUUUGUUCAUGUUCGUGCUUCGCUAUCCCCGAAUUAAGUUUUUUUCAUA